UUAAUUAUUUUAAUAUUUACAGUACCAACACUGAAUUUUAUUCACCCUUCAAAGAGAUGCCGUGUGCUUGUGUGUGUGUGUGUGUGUGUGUUUACAGAGGUAUUGAGUGUGAAAACUCUCCAAAUUGAUGCUCAAUCCACAUCUCUAAUCGAUUGAUUGGAUUGAUCGAAGAAAAUUGCGGUUUUUUAGUCUCUAGAAUUUGUUAUAUAUUCGAUGAACAAAUAUAUUCGAGGCUUUGCAUUUGCGAUUUCGUAAUCAGAUCGAUUUUUUUGAGUUGGUUUAUAGUUGUAAUAGGUUUCGGCAAAUGGAAGGUGAAGAUGAUGUGCAUAUGGCUACAGAGGGCUUAGACUGGAAAUUCUCUCAGGUUUUUGGUGAGCCUGCUGCUGGCGAAGAGGUUCAAGAAGUUGAUAUCAUUUCAGCUAUAGAAUUCGAUAAAUCUGGAGAUCAUCUUGCAACUGGAGAUUGCGGGGGUCGUGUGGUUUUGUUUGAAAGAAUCAACAAAACAGAUCAUGCUGAUCAUCGAAGAGAUCUGGAUGGAAUGGAUUGUUCUAGCAGUAGACGCCCUGAAUAUCGCUACAAAACAGAAUUCCAAAGUCAUGAACCGGAGUUUGACUACCUAAAGAGCUUGGAAAUUGAGGAGAAAAUCAACCAUAUCAGAUGGUGUCAUACAGCUAAUGGUGCCAUGUUUCUGCUCUCGACUAAUGAUAAGACUAUAAAGUGCUGGAAGGUACAAGAAAAGAAGAUCAAGAAAAUAUGCCACAUGAACAUAGAGCCUCCGAAACCGACAAGUAAUGGUUUUGUUAGUGGUUCAAAUGUGCCUACGAUGUCUAAACCACAUACUGCAAAUGGAGAUGGUAUCGACAAACACCUGCGUUGUAUGAGCGACAAUGUUCCAUUUCCAUCGUGGAGGGUUUCAUCUCUACAUUUACCCAUGGUAACCGGCCAUGAAACAAGCCUUGUAGCUAGAUGCCGUAGAACAUACGCCCAUGCCCAUGACUAUCAUAUUAAUUCCAUCUCAAAUAACAGUGACGGUGAAACUUUUAUAUCGGGUGAUGAUCUGCGCAUAAACCUAUGGAACAUGGAAAUUAGUAAUCAGAGUUUCAAUAUCGUUGAUGUGAAGCCUGCCAACAUGGAGGAUUUAACCGAGGUGAUAACUUCAGCUGAGUUUCAUCCUUCGCACUGCCAUAUGUUAGCGUAUAGCAGCUCAAAAGGCUCAAUUAGGCUUCUAGAUUUACGGCAAUCCGCUCUAUGUGAUGGCCAUAGUAAAUUAUUAAAAGAACAUGAGGCUCCAGGUGCAAGAUCUUUUUUCACAGAUAUUAUUGCCUCAAUUUCUGAUAUCAAGUUUUCAAAGGGAGGAAGGCAUAUCCUAAGUCGUGACUACAUGACUCUUAAGCUGUGGGAUAUAAAUAUGGAUUCCGUUCCAGUGGCAACCUUCCAGGUUCAUGAAUAUUUGAGACCUAAGCUGUGUGAUAUGUAUGAAAAUGAUUCAAUCUUCGACAAGUUCGAGUGUUGUCUGAGUGGAGAUGGACAGCGGGUGGCAACGGGUUCUUACAGCAAUCUGUUUCGUGUUUUUGGGUGUUCUGAGGGAAGCUCAGAAGAAGCAACUUUAGAGGCAACAAAGAAUCCCACGAGGAGGCAAAUACAAACCCCACCAAGAUUCCCAAGAUCCCUCGGAACCCUUCCCCGUGUUAGCAGGCGAGGAUCCGACAACUUGGGAAUUGACAUCAAUGGCAGCAGUUACGAUUUCUCAAGAAAGUUGCUCCACCUUGCAUGGCACCCAAACGAAAACUCAAUCGUCUGUGCUGCUUCAAACAGCCUGUACAUGUAUUACGCAUGAAAGGUCAAGUACGAGAUUCUGUACAAUUUUUCUCUUAUAUACACUUGUAGAAAUUAGACAACACUUAUAGGCCAUCAAUGAAGAUCCAUCAUCAAAAUUCUCCAAGAUUCGGGUCGAGUCAAAAUGUGUUCCUAGUCAAGAACGUAGACCAACCCGAUCAGAAAAAAACGUCUAAGAGAUGAUGUUACAGUAAAAAGGUGCGGUUUUGUACUCGUUUCAUUACAACGAUCAUGAUUAUUACGGUUACUAUAGUUUUUAGUCAAAAGAA